UCAGGCCAGGGAUCGAGGAAACGGUGCUUCAACCGUAUCACUCAACUCAGCAGGCUUGCUUUUGCUCUUUCUAUUUCUCCAUCAGCAUCAACUGCCAGUGCAACGUUUCUAGUAUUACUAGUAGGUCUACUUCUCUCACGUUGACAUCACAGAGCCACCGGAGCCUGCGCAGGAUGUAGUGUCCUCCCACGAGCUGUACUCCUCUACCCUGAGCGGAGCGGAACUCCGCUCCCGUCGUUGAUCUAGUAACUACUCAUGUACGACCUGGGGAAAUGUCGGAGCAACGAACGACCGGUGCGCGCUUGCGGGCACUGAAGAGUGCCGAAAUAACAGACAGGGUCGAUGGGUCCGAGGCCGUAACUGGCACCACCGUUCAGCAGGAUACAACAGCCGUGAUAGAUACUCGACCACCCGAAGCUGUCGGAAAGCAUGUGGGUACUACGGGUCGUGGCCGGACAAUAGUCGCAGCACAUGCGAUCACUGCCGCCAUCCAGCAGCAGGACACGACAGACAUGACAGAUACUCGGCCACCCGAAGCUGUAGGAAAGCAUGCGGGUAGAUCUACGGGUCGUGACCGGAAAACGGCCGCGGCACACGCGCUCACUGCCGCAAGGAGAGGAGAACUUCCGCUCUCCCGAUUCACCGGCGGCCUUUCUGGUGUGCUGGUCCGCUUCACGUUUGUAUUGUUUAUCUGGCUACUGGGUGCAUGUGGGUUCAGUUGGCUAUGGUUGGUCAUCGUUAUCGGCGGUGUGGUGCAUUGGGAGAAGCGGAGGCAACGCAUGCUGCGCCAGGCGACUCUGUCAGAGCAUCGUGAUGACUCCGGGCUGAUUCUGGCUCACAUGCACGAGCUACCCUCCUGGGUGACCUUUCCGGAUGUAACUCGCGUGGAAUGGAUCAACACGAUUGUGUCCCGUGUAUGGCCGUAUCUAGAGCCAGCGAUCAAGAAGAUCCUGGUGGAAAAAAUUGAGCCCAUACUGAAGAACAAAUGCCCUGGUCCGCUGAAGUCCAUUGAGUUCAGAACCGUGAAGCUUGGCUGUGUGAGCCCCAAGAUCACGGGCAUCAAAGUCUACCCACAGCAAUCAGUUGAUCAGAGGGAGAUUAUCAUUGACAUUGAUGUUGCAUACAAUGGUACAGCCAUCAUAGAACUGUUCAUUGCGUAUGGCCUAUCAGCAGGUGUAUCGGACCUCAGGGUUCAAGGCAAGCUACGCAUCAUUCUCAAGCCACUCAUGCCAGUCUUGCCAAUUCUCGGUGGCAUCUCCAUCUUCUUCCUGGAAAAGCCAAUGAUUGAGUUUGACCUGCUUGGCCUGGCAAACAUAUUUGAUAUGCCCGUCCUACGAAACGCCAUUGACGCGGUGAUAGAUGAGAAGCUGUCAGAAACACUGGUCUUCCCAAGUCGCUUCUUCCUCUCGUUGGUGCCCGAUUCCGUGGAUGUUGAUUGUCUUCUGUACCCGCUACCAUCUCACUUCCUGUGUGUCACCGUGGUUGAGGCAAAGAACGUGGAAGGCAUGGACUUUCAUCUAUUCAGUGCGAGCACGUCGGAUAUCUAUGUUAUAGUCAAGGUUGGUCAGCAUCAAUUCCGGACAUCCGUUCGGAACGACAGUGUUGCAGCCCAAUGGAACGAAUCAUUUGAGACACUCCUGGAUAGCCAUGAAGAGCCAAACGUUCUUGUGGAAGUCUGGGAUCAAGAAGACCUGACUACUGAUCAGCUGAUUGGCAAGUGUACCGUAGCCGCUGUGGAUGUGCGCCACUGUAGUGACAUGUGGCUGGACAUCCGUGCCAACCAAGUGAUGAACUCCAGGGGGAACAUUCGAAUGAAGUUCUUCUGGCGCAGGAUUGCCAGCCCUGCGGAGAGCGUAACACUGUUCAAAGAGUUUGCCAGAACUGAGAGAGCAGUGCCAUCUCGUGGCGGUGGCGGCAGUCGCGGUGAACGAAACAGGCAGAGAGGUAGCAUCUAUGGUCCCUCUGCUGCUGCGGCUACUGCACGUCGAGCACACUCGCUUCACGGUGGCAGUACAGGGCAAUGCUCCACGCCUGGACGUCGGUCACCUGAUGAUAAGAACCGUCGUCGCCAACAGCGCGCAGCCUCUGCACCAUCUGGACUUGUACAAGAACAGGUGUCAUCAAGUAGAUUGCGUCCCUCGUCAGAUCCUGCAGUUGAAUCUGCCAGGCGACCCUCAAUGAUCGAUCGUUUGAAGGAAAGGAUCUCCAUUUCUGCUGUUUCAGAGACUGACGAGGAGGAGGAGGAGGUGGAGGAGGAGGAGGAGGAGGAGGAGCAAGAGACUGAAGGCCCAUUUGAACCAUUUGUGGAUUUGGGGAUCGAUUCCGAACAAGUCGAAGAGACGGUAGUUUCUCCUGCCGUGAGCUCUGUCGCUGCUAUUUCAUAUUUACCCGAGAGCGACGCACAGCAGCUAACAGUACCUGUGGCGGUUGGUAUGGCUGGCCUCUUGCCAGCUGUCGUUGGUGUUUCCAAUGCUGAAGAGAACUUGGACAUGCCCGAUGGCGUGACAUUAUCAACGAUCAUGGCAAUGGGCCGAGACGAAGCUGACGCGCUGACUGAAGACCAGCAAAGCACCGUCGAUGUCAACGUGGAUGACAUCAUGUCUCUAUUGCACGUGCGAAUCGUCAAGGCUGAAGAGAUUUCUCACGAUGAUGUUGAGCAGGAGAGGGAGUAUUUCUGCAGACUCAUCGUCCAGAACAGCACCAAGGAUGGCCCACAUGCACGUGGCACGUCCACGGUGGCGUGGAAUACCUGUCUUCACUUCCCUCUCACGGAAACCAGAAAUCAAGUGUUCAGAGCAGAGGUUUGCACCACGCCGGACACACUGCUGGGAUAUUGCGAGUUUUCACUGGACAGCCUGCUGGAAGCAGCAUCUCUUGUCUGCCACAGAAAACUGCCGCUGACGUCGACCACAACCAAUGACGGCACAGCAGGAACAGGAUUGUUGGACAUCCGUCUGUCGUUGCGGGCUCUCGCAGUGGAUGACAAUGUGGGAGAGGUAGUCACCGAGCCGGAAAACGACCUUUUAGAGGAUCUGAAGUCACGAGUACGCAUCGGUCCACCAUCACCAUCACCAUCACCAGUGGCUACAGCCGCAGCAACUCCAGCAACUGCAGCCGAGCUGAGCGCCACAACAUCCGAAACAGCACCCACGGCAACGGCAGCAGAAGCAUCACCAUCGGGAGCAGAAGGACGUCCUGCCAGUGUGUUUUCUUUCGAAAGGAAAGACAUUGAGCUGGAAAGCAAAGCAUCAGGUGGCAAUACUGCCGCGGCUAGCUCCACUAGAACUGUUAGUGAAGCUAUGCCGCUGGUUGUUAGCAUACCGGAGGUGCAAGACAAAUUCCAGCAGCGUACCUCUCCAGCUCUUCCAGACCGAUAUUCCAGGGAAGUGAAGGCUCCCCGGCUACCUGUCAAUCGGUACCCUAUUCGGCAUGUCACAGAAAGUGCCCUGGAGCUGUCCUUCCGCUAUAGUCACUUGAAACACCGGCUGUUUGUCAACGUUCACAGAGCAAGCUCUCUUGUGCCGUGUCACGUGGAUGGAACGUCUGACCCGUUUGUUGAGGCGUACGUCCAGCCAGAGGUGUUUGGUCUGGGUCGGCGGCGCACAUCGACACGUCGCAAAGAGUGCAAUCCGGUUUUCGAUGAAAGUUUCCAGUAUCCUAUACCAUUCAGCAGUGUUUCACAGCUGAGUGUAGUUCUUACGGUCAGGAACUCACCAUUCCGCUUCGGUGCGUUCCGCGAGCAUAUGGGAGAGAUUCGGAUCAAUUUGAGGGAGGUCAACUUUGCAGCAGGCGACAGGUUGUGGUAUCGUCUCCUCAGCCAUGCCGACGGACAGCGAACACCCAGCGCUGUGGACUCCUUGAUGGGUGCGAUCAGCUUUACAUUACCCUGAUCGGCGGUGUGUUGUCAUGCUUGACCUGACUGUCUGGGUGAUGGCGGAUGUAGUUGCAAGCAAGCCUUGACACCGCAGCCUAGUUGCCGGCUUAGUGCCCCAACUGGCUGUACUCAAAUAUGUUGAGCUCUGAACGACACUGCUACAAGUCUGCCUAGGACAAGCGAAACAUAUUGAUAUUAGUGUUGAAGACGUUGAUUUUCGACUGCUUCAACUUAAGCUUCCCAAAUCUUCUCAUAAUUUACGGGGAGUUUUUUCUUCAUUUCAUCUCUGUAUAGGAAAACAGCUGCGCAGUGGAAGGGACUUGUUCAGAUUCAAAAGUUGCAGGGUUGUGGCAAUGGAUUUGCCCACCCAAGUAUUCUCUUCUGCCAACUCACUUGCAUUGACAAUGCAAAUUCAAAGAAAGUUGUGUAUGAAUGCGGCUUGAAUUGUGUUCUUGUCCACAAUAAUGGCUACGGAUGUACUACAGUCGUGCCCGGUGAAAUCUGAUGUCAUGAAGAAGUUAGUACGUACACUGCGCAGCUGGUGCACUGCCCAGUGCCUAGUCUGCGGGUCUGGUUCUGUGCAGCGCCCGGCUGAGCAGUAAGUUCACAGAGCCAGAAUUUACUGUGCAGCAUUGUGGGUACAUGCUAUGAGCGAUAAUUCCGCUACAUGUACAGCGCGGAUCAGUGAAAUCCAAUCGAGUUAGUCUGGUUUACACUAGAGUCUAGAAUUCUCAACAUCACCAAUAACAGGUCCGGGGAAUGAAUUAUCUUCACACCCUGGCUGUUAUUUACAAGUCACUCCUUCCACGUCUGUAUUCGCUCGCAAUCGAUGCUUCCACCGCUAAUAGUUCCCCGCACCCAAGUGAUCAUUCACAUGACCAUCAUGGGUCAUUCUUCUCCGCUGAAUCAAUAUACCCACCCGGCGACCAUCACCUAUAAACUAUGGCUUAUAUAAUAUUAGUAGUAGUACUGGCCAAAUCCCACUGAACAUGUCACAAGUCGCCUGAUGAUCGCAUUGUGCACGAAACUCGGGAGUUACACUUCGGAGCUUCGGCUUCGAAUGCGACAGUGUGUUUGGCCUCAAAUCGCUCUAGUUUUCCAUAAAUUUCCAGCGGUUUAAAGAUAAAAAAUGCAAAUGCACGCCUUGAUUGCACCUAGCACCUCUUGCUUUCUUUGGCCUUUUCUUUCGCUUCUUUGCUGAUAGGUUACCGUUUUCCUUUGUCUAGUAUCCUUGAGACUUCAGUCUUCUACUGCCGCUAUGGCAGUGUCUAUUGUGUAAUAAUGACUCCGAAGCUGAAGCUCGCAGUCCAGGCCUAGGACUAGUAAGAGUUCCUACCGGAUCGACGUGCUGUCCGUGUAAGUAAGUGCUGAAGUAACUAGUUUGUGCCGAUAUGGAAAUUUCGGCCUUUUCGGCGGCCAAUGCUGAUGGCGACGCUGCGAUGGUUCCGUGGGUUUGCAAGCACCGACGAGUGCCGUGUUUCAUGCCCCGAGUCACGAUUUCCCUGUUGGGUCAGGGCGGCCUUCACGAGUUCGGCAGGCUCUUUCGAGUGCCUUGCCAAGGCUCUGCGCUUAGCGCGUAGCAACAUCAACAGACGGCUUCCGUCACGUCAUUGGGCAGGCCCUGACGAGUGCUUUGCCAACCUCUGUACCUACAAGUAACUGGUAUCCAACCCCACCGAUGGACGACGCGGAUAUGCGGCGGCUUCUGUCACGGCAGUGGGCAGGCCCUGUCGCGUGUCUUGCCACACUCAGACCAUCCGUCCACUGUCGAUGGACGACGGUCUCACCAGUGGGAAGGCCCUGUCGCGUGCCUUGCCACACUCUAGCCAUCCAUCCACUGUCGAUGGACGAUGGUCACACCACUGGGCAGGCCCUGUCGUGUGCCUUGCCGCACUCUAACCAUACGUCAACCGUCCAUGGACGAUAGUCUACAGUGAGCAGGCCCUGUCGCGUGCCUUGCCACACUCUAGCCACUCUAACCAUCCAUCCACUGCGGAUGGACGAUGGUCGAACCAGUGGGCAGGCCCUGCCGCGUGCCUUGCUACACUCUAACCAUCCGUCCACUGUCGAUGGAUGAUGGUCUCUACAGUGGGCAGGCCCUGUCACGUGCCUUGCCGCACUCUAACCACUCUAUCCAUCCAUCCACUAUCCAUGGACGAUGGACUCGUGGAUUUGCAAGCACCAGCGAGUGCUUUGUUUCUUGCCCUGAGUCGUGCCUUCCUGGUGUGGUCAGGGCAAUUUCAUGAAAAGCAGGAGUGCCUUUCCAAUGUCUGUGCCUAACUCGCAUCCACCCAUGUCGGUGGACUGUGCGGUCAUUGUAGAUAUGGUGGCUUCCGUCACGCCAGUGGGCAGGCCCUGUCGGGGGCCUUGCCACACUCUAACCAUUAGUCCAUUGGUGAUGAACGAUGGUCUCGUGGCUUUGCAAGCACCGGCGAGUGCUUUGUUUCAUGCCCAGAGUCACGCCCAUAACUUAAUGCCGUUCUGCCAUGCUCA